CAUAACCGUUUCUAGGACAAAAAAAUAAGAUCUACUUCCACCUGGCCUGUUGUUUCCCCUUCCCCCUCCUAAUAGCCGGCUUUCUCGUGUUGAAACUUUUCUUUGCAAGUAAGAAUCCAAAAAACCCAUCACACGUCGAAAUUACCAAAACAGAUAUUUUCAACAACCAAUUUCUAAAACCUUUAAUUUCUUAUUAAUUUGACCCCUUCUGUUUCUUUUUUUGUUUCUUGCUUUAAUUAAUCCUUGAUAUCUAUUACUCGGGGUAAUAAGUAAUUUUCCAAAUAAGGAAACGGUCUUCUUAAAGUUGUGAUCAUUACCGAGAAAAGUUUCUGAGGGAUUGAACAACAUCUGAUUUUUUUCUCAGGCGCUGACAAAGGGGAUAAAAUUUGGUGAGGAUGGGAAUCAUGGUUGUGCUGAUAUUGGUAUCGACGAUGAUGUUGAUGGACAACGUGCACGCUGGAGAUACAAAUCGUGUUUUUGAUCCUUGUUCGGACACAAAUAUUCAGAGAUGGGAUGGUUUCACAUUUGGGCUAGCGUUUUCGUCUAAGGAAUCGUUCUUUUCCAAUGGAACACAGCUCUCUCCUUGUGACCAACGACUCUCCCUUUCUGGCAAUUCUGCUCAACUGGCUGUUUUUAGGCCCAAAGUGGAUGAGAUUUCACUCCUCACAAUCAACAGCAGCGACUUCAAUCCUAGCAAAGCUGGUGGUUAUAUGGUUGCCUUUGCUGGGCGCAAAUAUGAUGCCAGAUCACUGCCCGCUUUUGUGGCAGACAAUACUCACACCAUUACAAGCUUCACUCUGGUACUUGAAUUUCAAAAGGGCACUCUACAAAACUUAUUUUGGAAGAAAUUUGGCUGUGGUUCAUGUACCGGGGAUUCUUUUAUUUGCCUUAAUAAGACAGAUUGUGCAGUCCCAAAUAAUAAGUGCAAUGGCAAUGGUGGAUCCGUCGACUGCAACGUGGGAAUACAAUUGGCAUUCUCAGGCACAGAUAAGAAUGAUAAAGUGCUAAACUCGUGGUAUGAGGUUAAAAACCUCCGGCAAUACUCCCUCUACGGCUUGUUUCAAGAUGUCAGUGAUUCUCUCACAAGUCCAUUUAAGAACCUGUUUUAGGACCACAUAAUAAGUUCUUGUUUGUAUAAUGACCAUCAGAUUUCUGUUGUGCUUCUCCACUUAACUAGAAUAUUUAUGUCCUAUGCUCAUUUAUCAGCUCUACGUUCGGGAGAAUAACUUGGCGAUUACUACACAGACUCCAGCCUGUUUUUGCUUGUACAGAUCUUUUAAUGGUCCAAGAAUUAUCCUUAGGUGCAGAAAGGACAUGUUUUCUUGUUUUGAUCUAUUUCUAUAUAUCAUAGUGAAUGCAGAAUUCUUGGCAAA